AAACUAUAUUUAUAUUAUAAAACAUCUAUUGUCUAUAAUAAUUAUUAUUAAGUCCUCAGUAGUUAAAAAUAAAUUUGACUUAUGGUAUGAUUAUAUGGCAUCGAAUUAAUCUAAUACCCCCCCAACCCCCCUUGAAAUUGUAUUGAAGGCGCCCUCGUCUUAAACUUAAAUAACACUAUAAAAUAUAAUUAAAUUGCAUUCGAAGUACACAAAUAAUAAGUAACACGUUUUAAUUUUAUUCGAAAAGCAUUAAAUAGGUUAUUGGUCAUUUCAAAUGUAUUUUUCUAAUCAACAUAAAUAAAAAUCGUUUAAUUAUUACUUGUCUCGCACGUGUGUGUAAAAAUAAUACGUUGGCUCCAUUUUAAAUUGUUAUAAUGGUAAUUAACAACUAUAACUAUUGAGAUAGUUUGUGAUAAAAUAAAAAAAAUAUCAAACCUGCACAGUGCCGUGCCACUGCCGUCCAUCAUAGAUCAUAGGUACCAGAUCUACUUAUAGUUUUUUCGUGUUUAAAAUAAUAGAUGUUUAUUUCCAACAAAAGAAAAAAUCCACAUUAAUUAUAAUAAUAUUAUAAUACAAAUAACAUACAUUCCAACUUAUAUUUCGACGUCCGGGUCACCACCACUAAUGUAAAUUUGAAAACAUUUCGUUUUUGGUUUUAUAUAAUGUUAGGUAGGUCACGUACAUAUUAUCUACUAUCAAACAGGCAAGUAUUCAAAGAUAUCGGAUGCGAGCAGAUGUCCAAAGCUAAGUCGUAUUCUAUGUUCUCCAUUCAAUAUAAUAAACAUAACAUACAUUCUUACGUAUAUUUCGACAGCCUCAACACUACCGCUAAUGUGGAUUACGUAUCUUCUAUCAACAGAUAUUCAAAGACAUCAAAGGCGAGCAAAAGUCCCAAGCUGUGUCGUCUUCCCUGUCCUUCAGUCAGACCUAGUCGGACAUUGAACAAUAGUGUGCGCCGUGCGGAGAUCGCUAUACGUAACAAGUCCACUGAAAUUAGAAGAUUAUCCUUUCAAACCAAUGACUUAAAAACAUAUUUGGCGAAGUAACAAACGAGACCAGCAGUAUGUAAAAAUGUGUGAGUACACUAUCUUAAUAGUACCUUAUACAAUAUGACCAUUGUUAUUUGUAAAUGUGUGCGAAAAGUCUCGAAUCGUACGUGUCAUGGUAUGUACAGCCGUACGAGUAAGCUGUAGGCUUACGUGAUUUACUAACAUAAAUAGAUUAUAAUCAUUUAAAUAAAAUCAAUGUAUAUUAUGGUUUGUAAAUAACGCAUAAUAAUAAUAAUAUAAUAGAAAUUACC